UGUGGGGUCAUUUGAAGCUAAAUGUAAUUACUCAUUAAAACAUAGCCCGCCCUGGAAAGUUCGUCGACUUGCCUCUCCUCGUCCCAAGUUCCCCAGUCCACCCUCAGUCCGCCUGUCCACUCGGCUCUGAUCCAUUGCCAAUCGGCAAUUCCGCCGGCACCAGAACAACGGUUUACUCGAUUCAGCCUUCCGAACCAUCACCUGUACUGUGACUCUGGCUUGAUCCCCAGCUUCACCUCAUCUGAUGCUGAUGCUCGACUGCUCAGGCCCAUAAUGAAAUCAUUCCUUGGCCGAUAACUAUCCAGGCUGGGAUCUGGGAUAAGUUUUACCCCACACGGAGUCUCGAACUCAAGGGUCUCCGCUUGUCAACCGAACAAGCUGCUUAGUAGAAGUUUUGUAUAUUAGGGGACUCAAGUUACUCUCUCAUCACCCAAGCACAUACGUCGUCUCCAGUGGCUUGGGUGUGACGGAAUGCCGUUGUUGCAACGAACAGCGCUACCAGUGUUCUUUGGGCUAGUUAUCGGUGUUCAUCGACUUUUGCAAAUGCACCGUGAUUGGGAUCGCUUAUUAGAAGCAUCACUGGAACCAAUUAUUCCCGGGAGGACGCUGCUUAGUAGAAUAUAUAGCACACGGGCCGUAUUCUAGAUCCCCAAUCUCGCACUGCAAUAACUUAUAUGGGGACAGACUCCAUCCAAGAUAGCCAGCAAGCUAACCAUACACCAGAACAUGAAUUACCCAAAAGAUGUUGUCUAGAAUCCUCAGCUCCAGCAUACAUAAACACCCAUCCCGCUCCCUCCUCUCUUUCUCACUCCCAAUUCUCCCAAUUCUCCCCAUCUCACCUCCCUCCUCCUCCCUAUCCUCCCCCUUCAUCUCAACCAGAGCUUUGUCAUCUUCCCGCCUAACAAACAGCCCUUUACUGCGCUCUAUCAACGACCAUACCAUAGUAUCUACCUCUGCAACAUACUGUUCACCAUCCCUAGCAUCCUCCUUCCACAGCAUGUCUCCUAUCUUCACAACUACAGUCAACGGCAACACCUCUCCGCUGCGUAAUGGCAUCCACGCAGCCGCAGCCGCAGCCACAGCACAACCCAUGGCUCCCGGGCCCAGCAGCCCGCCAAAGGAGGAAACCAACCCCAUGGACGACGUCAAACCGAAAGUCUACCUAGACACCAAACGCAGACUGCCCGAAUUCGUCCUGACUGACAAAGUCGUGCUGGUGUCUGGUGCCGCGCGCGGACUUGGGUUGACGCAGUCCGAGGCGUUAUUGGAAGCUGGUGCUACUGUCUACGCUCUCGACCGUCUGGAUAAUCCCUCACCCGAUUUCUAUCGCGUCCAGCAGCGCGCAGCAGAAGAGCUAAACACGAAGAUCCACUACCGUCGCAUCGACGUGCGCGACACCGAGGUUCUAAACGAGGUUAUCACGGAAAUCGCAGACCAUGAGGGUAGGAUAGACGGCCUCGUUGCCGCAGCGGGGAUUCAACAGGAAACUCCUGCGCUCGAGUACACUGCCAAGGAUGCUAAUAUGAUGUUUGAGAUCAACAUUACGGGCGUGUUUAUGACCGCCCAGGCUGUGGCGAAGCAGAUGAUCAGGUUUGGAAAUGGAGGGAGCAUUGUUAUGAUCGCGAGUAUGAGUGGGACUAUUGCGAAUAGGGGCCUAAUCUGCCCCGCCUACAACACCAGCAAAGCAGGCGUCCUCCAACUCGCCCGCAAUCUCGCCUCCGAAUGGGGCCAGCACGGCAUCCGCGUCAACACCAUUUCGCCCGGCUACAUCGUCACCGCCAUGGUCGAGGAGCUGUUUGUGAAAUACCCCGAGCGCCGCACGGAGUGGCCGAAGCAGAAUAUGCUGAACCGGCUCAGCGCGCCGCAGGAGUAUCGCGGCGCGGCUGUGUUUUUGAUCAGUGAUGCGAGCAGUUUUAUGACAGGCAGUGAUUUGAGGAUGGAUGGGGGGCAUAGUUCGUGGUAACUAGGCUUGAGCAUGAUGGAGAACAUACAACACAUAUCAUCCAUCCCUUUGAUGGCAUGCUUGAUUUUUCGUUGGUGGGUAUUGGGUAGCGGACUUUCUCGCCUUCUCACCUUUUUUUUUCUUUCUCUGCUGAUGCCUGAUUUCGUUGGUUAAGGAAACCAAGAUAAAGAAUAUACAGAAGAACAAGCAUAUAAAGACACUUCUAGAGAAGUAUGAGAAGAUCUUUCAAACAGAUCUUUCACUGAAAUUAUCACUGGAAGAAGAAUUUGUACAUGAGAUUGAUACAGAGAAUAUAAAACCAGUUAAUUAAAAUGCAUACCUUCUGUUGCAAAUACAUCUCAAAGAACAGAAGUAUCAGAUCACAGACCUUCUGAAAUGUAGUCUUAUACAACUCUUAUCAAGUAUGUGAGGUUUCUCAGUUGUAUUUAUGAAAAAGAUAAGUGAGAAAUAGCAGUUGUGUAUGAAUUAUCAAGCACUCAAUAAGCUUAUGAUUAAGAACAGAUACUUACUGUCACAGAUUUAACAACAGUUGAAUACAGUUAGAAAUACUUAAUAUCUAUCAAAG